AUGGACACUACACUACUCGAGGUCCUUGUUGAGCAUCACAACAAUGGCGAUCAUGCCCAGAAUGGAUGGAAGUCCCAUGUCUACAAUGCUGUUAUAGGUAAUGUGCGUGAGAAGUGCUUUGUGACCAUCACAAAGGAAAACAUCAGUUCAAGGUGCAAAACCUUUGAAAAGCACUACGAGGCCAUUAGCAAGAUGCUAUCUCAAAGUGGAUUUGGGUGGGAUUGGGUCAAUAACAAGCUAUCAAUUGAUAGUGAAGAUGUGUGGCUUAAAUAUGUCGCGCUAACAAGAAAGUAG